UGUACAGUAGGUGUUAAUACCAUGAAAGUUCAGAUGUGUAAAUAUGGAGCUUUUGAUCCAUGUGUAUAAAAAGUGAAGGAACCUUAAGGAUCUCACUUCAGUCUUGAGGAGCAUCUGAGGAACAUCUCCUAGAACAUCCACAGAGAUACCACAGAAGACUUGUGCAGAGAUGUAUUGGCUCUUCUACCUCUCACCUUUUACAAUCAUCUCCUUGGCUUAUGGGAUGCCUGCAUUGCUCCCUGGGAAAAUAUCCAAGAUUCCUCUUCAUCAAGCUAAGCACAGAUUGAAAUCUCCAUCCACCCCUCAUGGAAAGACACACUUCCAGCAUGUGAAGUAUUCUCCAUUCGUGAUGGAACUCUACCAGACGCUCAUUUUGGGGAAUGAGACAGAUCUAUCCAGCUUGGAACAUUCGGUUCUUCAAGAAACUGACACUAUCCUCAGCCUCACCGCCAAAAGUUGCUUCAAAGUUGAAAACCGCAGAGCAGUGUUCUUUGACAUGUCCUCAAUCUCUAGAAAUACUGAGAUACGGUUGGCAGAACUGAGGAUUUAUCUCCAUUCUUCUGAGAAGAACCAAGAUGUGAUACUGGACAUUUAUGACAGCAAAGAAGGCCAAGAGGGAAAACUUAUUGGAUCUUCUCAUAUUGACUCUUCCACGACAUCAGGAUCCUCCUGGAAAGUCUUUAACCUUACCCAAAUGCUGCAGAACUCUCAAAAUCAACAGAAAAGAUAUAGCAAAAGAAUUGGCCAUCAAGAGAACAGUUGUCAGGAUGUGUCCACUGACAGAGCUGUAUUGGUUAUAUUUUCCAAAGAUCUUCCUUCUUCAAAACCUUCUGGUUAUCCCAACCUUAUUGAUACAGUGAAGUCUUCUAAGUAUGUAAAGACGCCAGAAGAAACCAGUGAAAGUGGAGUUAGGAAGCAACGGAAGAACAGAAACGCAAAGCCUGGAAUGAUCAUGAACAACUUCCCCACCCACCAUACUGAAGAUGGGAGACCCCUGUGCAGAAGAGUGGACAUGAUUGUGGACUUUGAGAAGAUUGGAUGGGGAGACCUGGUUAUCUACCCCAAAAAGGUCAAUUCCUACAGAUGUGAAGGAGCAUGUCCCAUCCCCUUGACUGAGGUCUUCAAGCCAACCAACCAUGCAUAUAUAAAGAGUCUGGUGAAGUUGUACGAUUCGGACAGAGUUGAAUGUGCCUCUUGUGUCCCGGUGAAGAUGAGACCCUUGUCCAUGUUGAUGUAUGAAGAAGGGGAUGUGGUGAUGAAGCACCAUGAAGAUAUGAUUGUUGAGGAAUGUGGAUGUCACUGAGAACAAAUGUAUGAUCAUUACCUAAAGUUUGGCCUUCAAGAUGCUUGGCCACCAGUCCUGAGACCAAUGGAUACCAGAUGAGUUGACCACAAGGGUCGGAUACAAGGAGUAUAAAAGAACCAUCAAGUCAUGAAGGCUGAAUGAGACUUAAAAACCUAACAAUGCUCUUUACAGCUGUACAGUAGGACACAAUGGGGACUUGAUCUGU